UGGGUCAUUUCCUUUUCGUAACGGAUUAUUUUUGAUCAAACGUUUGAUUGCGUCGUUGAAAUUGAGCAUUAAAUAUUCGAUAAAAAUGUUGGCGUCUGAUUUACCGAAACUUUCUCCUACCUGGGGAUUAUGCAUUUUGUGUCAUAAAAAGGCAGAGUGGUCUUGUGAACGUUGCUUUGAUUUAUAUUGUUCCAUGGAAUGCCAGCGCAUGGAUUGGCAACGGCACCGUUAUAUUUGUUUGCCCAUGCCACGUUUGGUGCCUCUUAGUCACGCAGAUAGUACGUUAUUACGUGAGAAAUUGAUUUCGGAAUCCAAAGAUAAUCAAGUCAGCUCUACGUCAGUUGAAGAGUUAUUGAAAAACGAUGACACUGAAAAGAAUGCAAAACUGAGCAACAAAAUACGUAAUUUUACUGAAAACGUUAUUUUGGUGAAAUUCCUUUCAUCAAAUAAAUGUUUGGUGCGUGCGCAUAAACCGCCAGAUAAUUUCGCAGAUAUUCAGAAGGAAAUAAAUGCUUUUGGAAAAAAUGCUCCGGAGUUAGUUGUGUGCCCUUCUGUGGGAUCUGUUGCUCUUUUAUUGUAUAAGGGUAUAUUUACUCGAGUUGAGGUGUUAUCAAUCCAGGACGACAAACGCAUUUCAUUAUUAUAUUGCGAUUAUGGAUGGAUAGCAACUGUUGCUAAAGUUGAUCUCAGAAUGGCCGUAGAUGAUGUCCUGAAAUUUCCUCGAUUGUCGGCAGUUAUAAUACUCCAUAAUGUGGAAGAAUGUUCUGAUUCAAAAGUAAUGUCUUUGCUCGAAAAAUUUGAAGGGCUACAGUACGAAUUAUGUCGAUGUAUUGAGACGAACAGUAACAAAAUAGGAGAAGAAGUUACUUUAACAUGUGGAAACGUAAACCUAAAUGAAGAAAUAAAUAAAUUAUGUUUCGACACUAACUUUGGAAAGAGUGAGAACGUUAAAAAUUCUGAAGACAUCGAAAUUAAAAAUUUAAAUAACAACGAGGACCUUUUGCUUGAUCUCUGUCUCGAUGAACCUUGUCACAGGGAAAAACCAAUUUUAUCACCACCAUUUGAUAUAUAUAUAUUUCAAACUAAUUUGUCAAAUUUCAAAGUGGUAGUUCUGGAUACUUCAGCUUUAAGUUACGGGUAUAUAGGUUGUAUAGCAGAAACAGAUUUGAAAUAUUUAGUUACUGUGCAGGAGUAUUUGAACAACUAUGAAGAUAAUGGACAAUUUUAUAAUCCAAAACUUCAUGAAUAUUGCUUGGCUAAAUUCGAGAAUGAGUGGUAUAGAGCCAGAGUUGUGAAAAUAAUGGGAAACUCACGUUAUACUGUUGUGUAUUUGGAUUUUACUAAUGAAAGCACAAUAACUUAUCAGGAUAUACGGCGUUAUCCUAAAGAUUUAAAUGGACCGUGCCGUACUAACUUAUGCUUAAUUGACGGAUUGCCUACUACUCUUAAUGCUGAUCAUAUAAACUUUUUAAAAAAAGAGAUAACGGCAGAAUGUAAAUUGGUUAUUGAUAAAGUUAAAGAAGUUGUUCAACAAAUUGUUGUAGUUGAAUGCCCGGCUAUUAUUGAAAAAAUGAACAGCGUUGAAUUUAAGGCAAUUUAAUUUUUUUUUAAUUAAUCAAUAUUAAACCAGUGAAUAAAAAUUUAAUUUUUUGGUACAUGUUACGUUAAAAGUUUAUUAUUUUAUCUUCGGUCCAAUUUUUGGAGAAGCCGCCCUUUAAAACUUCGGCUGGAUUUAGAGAAUGCCCGCCUAUUGAAAAAAUGAACAGCGUUGAAUUUAAGACAAUUUAAUUUUUUUUAAUUAACUCUAAACCAGUGAAUAAAAAUUAAAUUUUUUGGUACACAUUACGUUAAAAGUUUAUUACUUUAUCUUCGAUUCAAUUUUUGGUGAAGCCGCCCUUUAAAACUUUGGCUGGGUUUUAGAUUUUGCCUACUACUCUUAAUGCUGAUCAUAUAAACUUAAAAAAAAGAGAUGACGGCAGAAUGUAAAUUUGGUUACUAAUAUAGUUAAAGAAGUUGUUCAACAAAUUGUAGUAUGUCGGACUAUUAUAGAAAAAAUGAACAGCGUUGAAUUUAAGGCAAUUUAAUUUUUUUUUAAUUAAUCGUUAAUAAAUAAUAAUAUUAAACCAGACAAUAAAAAUUUCAUUUUUUUUGGUACAUA